AACCCUCGACAAUCGAAAAAUCCGAACGACAGUCCAGCGCGCAAACCACAAGACCAGGUGGAUAAUAUAACACUCAGUAAGUUAGUCAUCAAUUUGUAUAACAAGCCUAUCCUAUAAAUGUACGCAUGUUUGGAAUACAGGACCUGAUGACCAAACAGGCAAAAGUUCAUUGUACUGUGUCUGCACUGACUCUACUAUAUAAACAUAUAGUCUACUUAAACAUGCUCGUUGUACAGAUUCUCUCUCUGACACAGACACUUGAAAGCUUGAAUAGCAACAUAGAGAUCCUGUUGAUGUUAUUUAAGUCAAACACUUGACUGGAAAGUCAUUCAUUUCGUAGUGACUCUUACAAAGGAUUCAACAAGAAGGAGUUCAACUUUAGGAAACAGCAAUACUCUUAGUCCUGGCCUGAUAUAUACUGACAACAUUCUCUGCUGCUGUCACAAAUCUAGUUCGUUCCAAGUUAUGGGCAUUUAGUAUUGGAUACUUUCUAAGUACUUCUACGACCUGGCAAAACAAAAGUAUCUACCACAGAACUGGAACAAAUCAACAGUCUAUCCAAUUAACUAUGACAACGAACCGUGACAAAAAUUCCAGACCACUUCCAAAAGUGUCAGAGACAUUUCCAGCUUCCAGACCACCGUACAACAAUGUCACUAACCAACAUGGUGCAGCGAGCAUGCCUUCUAACAGUAAACUGGCAUCUAACGAACGUCCGGUGUACAUGGACAUCCCAGAACUUCAGCAGAGACGCCCAGAACCUGGUGCAUACUCUCAACUCUCAGUGGUAGACCAUUACGAGAUGUUGGCUCCGGCCGAAAGUAGCCGAGUCAAGUCCACUCCGCAGACACCCCAGAAAGUGGUUACUAAGAAAUGUGUCUGUUUAGCCGUUGGCUGCAUUCUGUUUUGCCUGGUUGUUGUUUUGGCCUCUUCACUGGCCACUCUUUUCGUAUUAAGGAAUAAUCUGGACAAGAACUUAAAUACGAAAUUUUCUUCUUUGGUGAACUUCCAGUCUGCCAUUAAGAUGGAACUAAUCCAGUCUAUACAAUCACUUUGUAGCAACUAUAACGAGACAACAGAUUUGACAAUUCUUUACUCUGAUACAUGUUAUUGUCUGUACAGAAAACAACUUACUUGGGACUCGGCCAGAGAAUUUUGUCUCAGUAAAGGACCAGGAGUGCACCUGGCCGAAAUCUACGAUAAAAAGACAAACGACUUCCUUAUUCCCAUCUUGCAAGCUUCACAAACAAAUACAGGGAUCUGGCUCGGUGGUUCGGACCUGGUCAAAGAGGGUGUUUGGCUGUGGAACUACACAAAGAUACCGAUAGAGACCUUUAACCCUACACAAUGGGCGCUUAACGAGCCCAGUAAUUUCAGAUUCAGAUUCACCUUAGAGGAGCACUGUCUGGAAGUAUUUAACCACACAGCUCCAAUAUUCAUGUGGAAUGAUCAUUCGUGUACAAAGGACAAUGUAAAACCUUUCUUAUGUCAGUCUCCGAAAAUAGGGUCACGAUGUUUUUGUUAAAACUCAGUUUAUCAGAUUCAUUGUAUUCAUCCGCUGCUCUAAAGCCCAGUUUAUCGGACUAUUGUUUUCAUCCGCUGCACUAAAACUUUCUUUAUCCGAAUUAUUUAAAAAAAAACAAAACAUGUUGACUUUUAAAGUCAAAACUAAACGCUUAAAAAUAUUUUUUUUUAAAAUAUACUUCUAUUUUAUUUCAAUCUAUUGCUAUAACGUGAUCUAAUGAAUUGUAUUAAAACUAUAUGGUACAAAGUUUAUGUUAUGAACAUUUUAUGGUGUUUUUAGUCUAAGUCAACUCUGUUCACGUUUUAAUUUCAUUAGAAAAUGUCUCCAAGUGUUUGAUAGUUGGGUGAUAUAAGAAUUGGUGUCUUAAAUACAUUUUUAUUUCCCGUUUAUUUAUUGUUUACUUUCUUUUUUCCAGUGUUCUACAAAUCAACUAUUAACUAGGAC